GCUUCCCAGAGGCUCCGUCGGGCUUCUGGCGUGGUCCGCCAGUCCUGCGUGGGCAGCGGGCUCCCAGGCCCCUGCCCUGCUCUGUCCCGCAUCCCCGGGGCCUCCCCGGCCACCGCCAACCCAAAGCCUCAUCCUGCGGCAGGUGAGCGGCACCAUGUCCACUCUGCUGGAGAUCAAGAGCAGCGUGCUGAGGCAGGUGCAGGCCUGCCCGUCCUUCCUCCGCAAGACGGGGCAGGAGCCCGACAGCAGCGCACACCUGCAGGAGCCCGCCACGGGGGCCUGGAAACCUGGUGAUGGUGUGGAAUUCUUCGCCCACAUGCGCUUCCUCCUGAAGAAAGGAGAUGGCAGACAGGGCCUGCCCUGCCCCGAGGUGAACCCCCCCCACCUGCCCUGCCCCGAGGAGGAGGUACUGACGCGGGAGGGCUCAGAGGCCUGCGUCCCACCGCAGCCGGCACGGCCCGGGCGGACACUCGGGAGCUGCCGCCCGCAGGUGGAGAUGCUGUACGAGGAGGCCUUGUACACGGUCCUGCACCGCGCGGGCACCAUGGACCCUGACCAGGUGGACGACGAGGCGGCCCUGCUGGGCUACCUCCAGCAGGUGUUUGGCACCAGCCCCGAGGAGCACGCUGCGGCCAUGGAGCGUGUGAAGAAGGCCAAGGCUCCCACCUACGCCCUAAAAGUCUCCGUCGUGCGAGCCAAGAACCUUCUGGCCAAGGACCCCAAUGGUGAGUGGGGACCGGGUGGACCCUGGCUGGCCAGGCCUGGCGUCUGUGGAGGGCAGAGGGCGGAGGGCAGGCUGCUGCGGCCUGAGGCUCUGCCCGACGCAGGCUUCAGCGACCCGUACUGCAUGCUGGGCAUCCUGCCGGCCUCGGGCGCCCCUCGGGAGCCCAGCGGGCAGAAGGAGCAGCGCUUCGGCUUCCGGAAGGGCAGCAAGCGCAGCGGCCCGCUUCCCGCCAAGUGCAUCCAGGUCACGGAGGUCAAGAACAGCACUCUGAACCCCGUCUGGAAGGAGGACUUCCUGUUCGAGAUCGAGGAUGUCAGCGCGGACCAGCUGCACCUGGACAUCUGGGACCACGACGACGAUGUGUCCCUGGCAGAAGCCUGCAGGAAGCUGAACGAAGUGAUCGGCCUGAAAGGCAUGAGCAGGUGCACUUCCCGACUUCAGUACCCAGUGGGUCCUCCCCACGUCUCCCCAGCCUCCCACGGGGGCUGUGUGGGAGGGGGGAGUCACGCGGGGCUGACCCUCCUCCCCCAGGAGGUGCCCGUGGCCGGGGCCGACCGCUGGUUCAAGCUGGAGCCUCGCUCCAGCGCCUCCCGGGUGCAGGGGGACUGCCACCUGGUCCUCAAGCUCAUCACCACCCAGAGGGACACGGCCCUGAGCCAGAGCGGGCGGUCCGGCUUCCUGUCGCACCUGCUGCUGCUCAGCCGCGUGCUGCGAUUCGAGCACCGAGUGGAGGAGCCCGACUCCAGCCGCUGGCGUGGUGAGCUCAGCGCGCCCGCCACCACGGUCCUCUGCCUUCACGGAGCACAGAGCAACCUGUCGCCGCUGCAGCUGGCCGUGCUGCACUGGCAGGUCAGCAGCCGCCACCAUCAAACACGCACUCUAGACUAUGGCUACCUCCUGGGGCUGCUGGAGGAUUUGCAGGCGCACUGGGAGGAGGCGGCCUCCCUGCCCCAGGAGCAGGAGGAGAGCCUGGCCGACAGCUUCUCUGCCUUCUCGGAGUUCGGGCUUCGGCUGCUGCGCCAGCUCCGGGACUACUUCCCUGCCACCAACAGCACGGCGGUGGCUGAGGAGGCGUGGGUGCUGACAGAGGAGCUGAACCCCAAGAUGAGUCUGGAGGUGGCUGCGGGGCUCUUUGAGCUCUACCUGACGCUGGCAGACACCCAGCGCUUCUGGAGCUGCGUCCCUGGCCGGGACAGCCGCUCCCUGGCCCUGGGCGGCCUCCACACGCCCUUCCUGCCGGCGGUGAAGCUGUGGCUCCAGGUGCUGCGGGAUCAGGCCAAGUGGCGGCUCCAGGGGGCCGUGGACACGGACUCGCUGGAACCGGUGGACUCAGCCUCCAAGCACAGCAGCUCUGCGACCACCGCCAGCCUCUGCCUCGGCCACAUUCAGGAGCUGUGGGUCCGCCUGGCCUGGCCUGACCCGGCCCAGGCCCAGGCGCUGGGCACUCAACUCAGCCAGGACAUGUGUGAGACCACGCUCUUCUACACCGAGCUGCUACGGAAGAAGGUGGACAGUCAGCCGGCGGCAGCGGGCGAGGUGGUGAGCCAGCCGCUCUGUGUGGUGCUCAACAACGUGGAGGUGGUGCGCAGGGCUUCGGGGCAGGCUCUGCGGGGCCUGGCGUGGCCGGAAGGAGCCUCGGGGGUGGCGGGGGCGCUGCCCCGGGCCCUGCUCGGCUGCACGCAGGCUCUGGACGAGGACCUGCAGCGGGAGGCCCGCACCGUGACGGCACACCUGACCUCCAAGAUGGUGGCGGACAUCCGGAAGUACGUUCAGCACAUCAGCCUGUCCCCCGACUCCAUUCAGAAUGACGAGGCCGUGGCUCCUCUCAUGAAGUACCUGGACGAGAAGCUGGCCCGGCUGAGCGCCUCGCUGGUGAAAGAGAACCUGACCCGGGUGCUGGAGGCGCUGUGGGAGCUGCUCCUGCAGGCGGUCCUGCAGGCCCUGGGUGCCAACAGUGACGUCUCCACCGACUUCUAUGGGCGCUUCCACUUCACACUGGAGGCCCUGGUCAGUUUCUUCCACGCAGAGGGCCAGGGCCUGCCCCUGGAGAGCCUGAGGGAUGGAAGCUACAAGAGGCUGGAGGAGGAGCUGCGGCUCCACAGGUGCUCCACCCGCGAGUGCAUCGAGCAGUUCUACCUGGACAAGCUCAAGCAGCGGGCUCUGGAGCAGAACCGGUUCGGCCGCCUGAGUGUCCGCUGCCAUUACGAGGUGGCCGAGCAGCGGCUGGCAGUGGAGGUGCUGCACGCGGCGGACCUGCUCCCCCUGGACACCAAUGGCCUGAGCGACCCCUUUGUGAUUGUGGAGCUGGGCCCGCCACACCUCUUCCCGCUGGUCCGCAGCCAGAGGACACAGGUGAAGACAAGGACGCUGCACCCGGUCUACGAUGAGCUCUUCCACUUCUCCGUGCCCGUGGAGGCCUGCCGGCGCAGUGGGGCCUGCGUGGUGUUCACUGUCAUGGACCACGACUGGCUGUCCACCAACGACUUCGCUGGGGAGGCGGCCCUGAGCCUGAGCGGGGUCAGCGGGGUCCUGAGGCCUCAGGCCAGAGGUGGCGCGAGGGCCGGCCAGCCCGUCACCCUGCACCUGCGCCGGCCCCGGGCCCAGGUGAGGUCUGCGCUGCGCAUGCUGGAAGGCCGGAACAACAAGGAGGCGCAGGAGUUUGUCAAGAAACUCAAGGAGCUGGAGAAGUGCAUGGAGGCUGACCCCUGAGCCCCCCGCGUCCCUCGGUGCCCCCAUUGCAUGCUGGCGUGGCUGUGCCCUGUGACUCUGUCGGCUGUGACGUGCUGUGACCCCCUCGCGCACCGCUCCAAGUGUGGGCAGCUCAUCCGGCGGACGCGCGCUCCGGCGGCAUCCGCAGACGCUCUGGUGGCCACGGGUGCAAGGCGCAAGGACACCAGGGAGGCCAGGGAGGCGGCACACCCUGGAGUGGCAGCGCUCGUGCCCAGGCAAGCGGCACGGGGUAGAGAACAGCUCUGAGGAGGUUCCACCCGAUCCCCCAGGUGAGACAGGAAGCCAGGGCUCAGGUUUGGGUGACCCAACUUUUAAGGAAAGAAGCGGAGGUGUGAGUGCGGAGCG